AUGCCUCUACAUCAAAUCUACCACCCAGUGGACGCAUACUCUGACAAGGACAAGAUUGAAAUAGCUGAACGAAUCACAAAGAUGUACACCAGUAUUGGACUGCCACCAUUCUACGUCGUCGUCCUCUUUCACGCAGUCCCAAGCUCAAGCUUUUACGUCGGUGGCCGACAAACCAACAAAUUCAUUCGAGUACAUACCCAGCACUUGGCUCGUGCAUUCAAUGGUGACUCAGAAAGGAAGCGCAAAUCAAUGGAGUAUUUGGAUGUUGCGUUGAAGCCAUACACACAAGAUCGAGGUUAUGACUGGGAGACUCAUGUUACGGAGGUUGAUCGUGAAUUGUGGAGAGAGAAUGGGUUGGUCCCACCAUUACCAGGAACUGAAGCAGAGAAGGUCUGGGUCAAGGAAAAUCGUGCGGUGCCAUACUCCAAGUUGUAA